GGCCGCUGCUCGAAGAGCGCUGGUUGACGGCCGCGACUCCAUUUUGUUUGCCUCUUCUCUUCUGUUCAGUAACUCCUCUUCGGGGCUUCUUUGCGGAGAAAAGUUUUAAAAGGGGGAAAGUUUGAAGGUAGAUCCAGGAGCUCAGUUGCUGAGCACCGUGAGUGUCCGCUUUGUGUCCCGCAGACGUCGACCGCGCGCUUCCGGAGCGUCUUGGAGAUGCGGCCCCUGGACGUGGUGGAGCUGGCGGAGCCCGAGGAGGUGGAGGUGCUGGAGCCCGAGGAGGACUUCGAGCAGUUCCUGCUGCCCGUCAUCCACGAGAUGCGCGAGGAUAUCGCGUCGCUGACGCGCGGGCGCGGCCGGGCGCCGGGGCGCAACCGGGGCAAGCUGUGGGAGAUGGACAAUAUGCUGAUCCAGAUGAAGACGCAGGUGGAGGCGUCGGAGGAGAGCGCCCUGAACCACCUGCAGAGCGCCGACGCGGCGCGCAGGGGCGAGCAGGCCGACGAGAAGGCCCGCGAGACGGCGAAGAUGGCCGAGAUGCUGGUGCAGCUGGUGCGGCGGAUAGAAAAGAGCGAGUCGGCGUGAGGGAACCUCGGCCGCGGAAGGUUUCCAGCCAAUGGAUUCUGGUUGAGUGAUGGCGACUGGCUGACACCCUGGAGAAGCUGAACCAGAGAGCCUCUUUAUUAUUUUUUCCUCCUCUGUCUUCACUUAUUCACUGCGUUUCUGCUGUGGUCUGCAGUUGAUGACCUCGAGAUAGUUUUGGCUGUUAAAUGUUUUUGUUGGGGAAGUAAAUUUUAUUUGGAACAUACUCUCUCACAUACAGGAAUUAGAGCCUAGAUUGUAAGCUCUUGCGGCAGUCACAUUUGUUCCUGGGCUUUGAGUUAUUUCUGAAUUUUGAGGUGCUUUGCUCUUUCAUGUGUGACCUGUUAGCUCCCAGUCUUCCGGUCUAUGUGUGACUCUAGACUCUAUAAGAGUUGGAGUUCACGGGAUCUGGAGGUGCUGAAGGAGCUGCAUUCAUUCUAGAAGACAACUUCAUGCAGCAUCUGUUGAAGGGACCAGAUUUCAACUGGAACUGCAGAUGGGCCCUACUGGCUAGGACUGAUGAACUGGAAGAAAGGAGGAUAGUAUGUUUGUAUUGGGGGACUUUUAAUUUCUGUGUGAGACCAAAGGAGGAGAGAUGUAUUUUGUGCAAAGUUUAAAAUUUUAUGUGGUACACUAUAUUGUAAUCUGUGUGAUCUUGGACAACCUAACUCCGCUCUUUUUCUGUAAGAUUUGAUGUCCAUAAUCCCAUGUAUUUGAGGGGAUUCUGGGCAUAAAAUUAAAGAUACUACCUACAAAGAUGGGUUAGGAAGGAAAGCAUGGAACUAUAUGCAACGGACUCCAAGCUGGGCAAGGAAUUGGUAUCUUCAAGGUAGUCAAGCUUUAAGUUUAUUUGAGUAGCAGACCUGAUAAGCAUUUGAGGUCAAAACCCUGCCAUGUUUUGAAAAAAGAAAAAUCUUACCAUGUUAAUAAAAAUAUUUGCUUGAAAAAAACAAAA